AUGGAGCACCGCGUCGUUGUUGAACUCCUUUUCCUAUCACUCUUUGUUCAUCUUUCAACACAAGACACACACUCUCUGCAGUACCUCCACACUUCAUUCUCAUCAAGAACAGAUGGUCCAGAGUUCACUGCUGCUAUUUGGGUGGAUGGAGAGGAGGUUGUGUACUACGACAGCAACAUUAGCAAGGCAAUCCCAAAGACAGAGUGGAUAAAGAAGGUUCGAGCUGAUGAUCCAGCGUACUGGAACAGAGAAACUCAGAAGCAGCAGGACGAGCAGCACAUCCUCAAGUUUAACCUAAAAGCAGUAAUGCAGAGCUUUAAUCAAAAUAAGGGAGAUCAUACACUACAGAGGAUGUACAGCUGUGAGUGUGGUGAUAAUGGAACCCCUACAGAAAGACACAUGCAGUACUGUUAUGAUGAAGAAGACUUCCUCAGUUUGAAUCUGAUAACUGGAAACUGGACUGCAGUUAAACCAGAAGCUGAGAGCUUUAUAAAGAUGCUGGAGUCUACAGGACGUGGGGCUACACACUGGAAGAGCUACAUAGACAAUGAGUGCAUUGUCUGGUUAAAGAAGUUUGUGUCCUGUGGUGGAAAGAAUUUGAAGAGGAAAGUUCGUCCCAAGGUGUCAGUGUUCCAGAAACACUCGUCUCCUUCUCCAGAGGUGGUGUGUAAUGCCACAGGUUUCUUCCCUAAACCACUAAACAUCACCUGGCAGAAGGACGGAGAGGACGUGCAUGAGGACGUGGAGCUCAGAGAGACGUUACCCAACCAGGAUGGAAGCUUCCAGAAGAGAAGCAUUCUGAAGGUCCCAGCUGAGGAGCUGCAGAAACACACCUACACCUGCGUGGUUCAGCACAGCAGCUUGAAGAAGGAGUUAGCGCGAGAAGUACCAAAAGGUCCUAAUAAACUGGAGCUGUAGAGAAUGAAAGUUCAUGUAGUGUAUCGGCUGAAAUGGCUGUUAUUAUUGUACUGUGUUAUUAUGAUUUACUGUAUGUACAGUCUAUGUACAGCAAAUGUUUAGGCACCUCUUGAUAAA